CUCGCUGGAAUGGACUGGACGAAACAGCUGUUUUGAUUGGCAAUUCGCCUGUUGAAUAGUCCGAUAGACCACCACAUAAACAACAGAAAAACUGGAAACGUGUCGGGAAAUUUAUAAAUAAAUUAAAAUUUUGCAAAUUCAACAAUUACAGGCUAAUAUCAACAACACUGUAUGUGCCAAAGUGCCUUCGAAGACCAACGAUUGAUUUCUCCGAUAUUCCUAGAUUUUAAGAUUGCUCCAAGAUGUCAGCUCUGCUAAAAUUGGCCAGAGUUCAUAAACUUAUAACACCUACCUCAAUUCGUACCGUUUCCGAUGCGGUGAAAUAUCCUAAGAUCACCACUCACUAUACUGUCUGUCCCAGGGACAAGGAUGAAAGAUGGAAGGAAGUCGAUAUGGAACGUUAUGUCGAUGAGGUCGACAUUGUCAUAGUCGGUGGCGGUCCAGCUGGCAUGUCGGCUGCCAUUAGAGCCAAACAAUUGGCUGCCGAACAAGAAAAAGAAAUUCGUGUUUGUGUUGUGGAAAAGUCUGCUGAAGUUGGUGGUCACAUUCUGUCGGGCGCUGUUAUGGAUCCCGUUUCACUGAAUGAACUUUUCCCCGAUUGGAAAGAAAUGGGUGCUCCAUUGAAUACUCCCGUCAGCACUGAUAAAUUUUCUUUUCUCACCGAAACCGGACGUUUUUCGAUACCCAUUUUCAAGGGUUGGCCCAUGGAUAAUCAUGGCAACUAUGUUGUACGUUUGGGUCAUUUGGUAAAAUGGUUGGGUGAACAAGCCGAAGCUCUGGGUGUUGAAAUCUAUCCCGGUUGUGCCGCUUCGGAGGUAUUGUUCCAUGAGGAUGGCAGUGUCAAGGGUGUGGCCACCAAUGAUGUUGGUAUUGCCAAGGAUGGUUCACCCAAGGAUACAUUUGCUCGUGGCAUGGAGUUGCAUGCCAAGACCACCAUUUUUGCCGAAGGUUGCCGUGGACAUUUGAGCAAACAAUUAAUGCAACAAUUCAAGCUCAAUGAGGGCAGCCAACCCCAGACCUAUGGUAUUGGUUUGAAGGAAAUCUGGGAAAUUCAACCUGAGAAACAUCAACCCGGUUUGGUUGAACACACCAUUGGCUGGCCAUUGGACAAAUUCACCUAUGGUGGUUCGUUUUUGUAUCACUUGAACGAACCCACUCCCACCAUUGCCGUGGGCUUUGUUGUGGGUUUGGAUUACCAAAAUCCCUGGAUCAGUCCCUUCCAAGAAUUCCAACGUUUCAAGACCCAUCCCAAAGUGAGGGGUGUAUUUGAGGGUGCCACACGCAUUGCCUAUGGUGCUCGUGCCAUCAAUGAAGGUGGUAUCCAGAGUUUACCCAGUAAAUUAACAUUCCCUGGUGGUUGUUUAAUUGGCUGCAGUGCUGGUUUCCUUAAUGUGCCGAAGAUCAAGGGUUCCCACUAUGCCAUGAAGAGUGGUAUGUUGGCUGCCGAAAGUGCCUUUGAAUCCAUUAUGGGUGAAUAUCAAGAAACUGCCGGCUUUACACCUAAAUCUUACCCCGAGAAAAUCAAAAACUCUUUCAUUUGGAGUGACUUGAACAAAAUCCGCAAUGUCCGUCCAUCUUUCCACAAUCCCCUGGGCCUUUAUGGUGGCCUUGUUUUGAGCGGUUUCUCCAUAUUUAUGGGCGGCCGUGAACCAUGGACUUUGAAACAUGCCGGUCCCGAUAAUGAAUCCCUUAAGCCUGCCAGCCAAUGCAAACAAAUUGUCUACCCUAAGCCGGAUGGCAAAAUUUCGUUCGAUCUGUUGUCUUCCGUUGCCUUGACUGGCACGAAUCAUGAAGGCGAUCAACCUGCCCAUUUAACAUUGAAAAAUGAUCGUGUACCCGUUGAUCACAACUUGGCCCUGUAUGAAGGACCCGAACAACGUUUCUGCCCAGCUGGCGUCUAUGAAUAUGUGCCCAACGAGGAGGGUGGCAAUAUGAAAUUACAAAUUAAUGCCCAAAACUGCAUUCACUGCAAGACCUGUGAUAUCAAGGAUCCCAAACAAAAUAUUAACUGGGUUGUACCAGAAGGUGGCGGCGGCCCAGCCUACAAUGGCAUGUAAAUGGUUUCUCUUUGAAAGAGGAUAAUUUAUGAACAAUUUUGGAGGCUUUAAAAGUGUUCCAUUUUGAGAGGAAAAGAAAAACAACAACCAGCUGCAUUUCAUUAGUAUAACUAAACAAAGUUGUCAAAUUUUUAAAAAAUGAGAUUUUUUCUUUUGCUAAUUACCGUAUAUUAUUGUAAAUUGUUGUAAUUUAAUUAAGUGAAAAAAUAAAGUUUUAAUAUUCGAAAAAAAAAGAAAACGGGAAACAAAAAUGUUUAGAAAUUUAGGGGUAUGUACAGGUCAUUAAUGGAGGAAUCAGCAAUGUUGUUUUCAAGAGUCUCUAAAUCAGUGGCAGUGCUCCGUAUACCCUAAAUCAUUUUAAUGCCUCUUCAGUAUCAAUAGACCACAAAUAUGAUAUUGUUUUAAGCAGAUUGAAGAGAUCAUUGAACAAAUUUGAAACUUUUUAUGAAUAACAUUUCAAGAACUAUUCGAUUACAAAUCACGUUUUGCUAUAUUUUGUUCAGGACCAACUGAAUUUGAAUAUUAAAGGCAAGAGUCACCAGCACAUAAAUCGCGAAUUUUAAGGUUAUUCGGGUAAGAAUUAGAAGAUUUUUUAAAACAAUUUUUUUUCAAGAAUCGAUAACCAAUUGAUUGUCCCUAUUCAUACCCUCCACCAUAGUAUGGAGGGUAUAUUAAGUUUGUCAUUCCGCUUGUAACACCUACAUUUUAGACCCCACAAAUUAUAUAUGUUCUUGAUCAGCAUAAAAUUCUAUGUCGAUUUAGCGAUGUCCGUCCGUCUAUCCGUCUGUGGAAAUCACUCUAGCUUCCGAACGAAAUGACGUAGGUUGAUAAAAUUUUACUCAAAUGUUUUUUAUGUCUGCAGGACUUUUGGUAUUGAAAAUGGGUGAUGUAGGUUUUGGUAUAGCCCUCAUAUAACGGUACCUCCCGAUAUUCGGUACUUUGAUGUUUUUAGCGACAUUCACCGGAAUUGUUUCAAAUUUGGUGUUUGAAGUUCGUAAUGAAUACUACAGCCUAAGACAGAAAAUUGUCUGUGCAAGUGCACGUCUUCGUAUGGCCGCAAUAUAACGGUACCUCCCUUUUGAUGAUUUUAGCUACAUUAUUUACCGAAUUUUUGUAUUCAAGUUUCGCAUUUGAAUAAUUUAAUGGUUAAGACAAAAGUAAUGUAACGGCUACAUUCGGUAUUUUUAAGAUUUUAACAGAAUUUUGAACGGAUAAUAUUUUUUUUGAAAAUUGCCAAAACUUUCCAAACGGUGGAGGGUAUUUGAAAACCGGACCGGCCGAACUUACAGCUUUUUUACUUGUUUUUGUAUAGCCCCAUAACCACUUGCAUUCCCUUAUUCUUAAAAGUAAUAAAAACACCAGUUUUCCAAACUUUGUUUAAAAUUUCUCAAUACAUUUAUCUCAUUAUUAUUUUUUUUAUUUGUUGUUUUGUUUUAUUUCUUUUUUGUUCUUGGUUUAUUUUUACUCAGAAUGUAUAGAUAUAAUUAAAACAUAAAACUUAUCAUUACAAUUGAAUAUCAUUUCAUUUUUGGUUUGGUUUGUUUCAUUUAAAAUUCAGUGCUUUCAACAAUUAAAAUUUAAUUAAACUUACAUAAAAUCUUAUAGAAUCAUAAUAAUCAUAUAUAAUACAAGUUAUACGUUUUUGUUAUAAUUUUUUUGUAUAAUUAUAUUAAAUAUAUACGUUUUAGAGAAACAAUGUUUCAGAACACUGUGCCGUCUGUCAGAUAUCAGAUUCAGGGUAAACAAUUAAACAAACAUUUGUGCACAUUUAAUUAGAUUGUUGUUAUUGUUAGUAUUUAUAAUCGUUUUUUUUUUGCAUAUUUUUAUAAUAUAUAACAACAAAUACAUAUGUAACAUAUAUAUAAAACACUUUUAUGCUUAUCAUAAACAGAAAAACAAUUAUAGAUGAUUCACAGAUAUCAUUUAAAAUUAAAUAUGUUUUUUUAUUAUUUUCAACACUUAUAAUAUGUUGGAUCCUCUCUUUUCUUUUUCUGUUUGCAAAAGAGAGAGAAAACAUGUGACAUUGGACCUAACUUUAAUUAAUUAUAUAUGCAGCUUGAUUUUUAAAUAAAACAUUAUUGAAUUAUUAACAGCCAAGUGAAAAAUUAAUGUAUGUUUUUAUGGGACAGGCGUUUUUUUUU